GAAGUAAAGAAGAGUAGUCGUUAGGUAGUUUAUUAUGGCAGAUCUCUACGUAAAGGAUUGGAAGAACACUAAGGGAGCUGCUGUAGCAAGACUUUUGUUCGUUCAUGGUUUUGGUGAACAUGUAGAUCUUUAUCCCGAAUUUUUUGAAUUCCUAAAUGAGCGAAAUAUUGAGGUAUUCUCUUUUGAUCAGAGAGGAUUUGGCUAUUCCAAACAGUCCCCGAAACAGCAAGGUUGUAGCGGUGGUUGGAAGCAACAACUCCCUGACAUAGACUACCAUGUACAGCGUGCAAGCGACACGAAUCUUCCUUUGUUUUUAAUGGGUCAUUCAAUGGGCGGUGGUUUGUCACUUCAAUACGGUAUUUCAGGAGCUCAUCGCAAUAAAUUGACGGGUGUCGUUGCUGCAGCCCCUAUGUUGCAAAGCCAUCCUGAUACAAAGCCUAAUUAUUUCGUAUAUAAAGCUCUUUCUGCAGUUAGCAAAGUGAUGCCAAAUUUUCAGUUUAAUACUAAGAUUAUGGAGACAAAGAAGGGCACCAGAAGCAAAGAAAUGAUGGACCGACUUUUCCAGGAUCCUCUUACGUCCUCUGUCGGCUCUCUAGAAACGUUGCGCGACCUUAUCAAUGGUGCUCAAAAAACACUUGAUGAAGCUAAUCAAUUCCAUUUGCCUCUUCUAAUCGCUCAUGGCACUGACGAUAAUAUCAACUUUUAUGAUGCGUCCAAGGAAUUUUAUGAGCAUGUUGGUACAACAGACAAAACUUUCCUGUCUCUUCCUGAUUGCCAGCAUGCACUUCACCUUGAGCAAGAGCCUGACAGGACAGACUAUCUAAAUCAAGUCUGUGAUUGGAUUCAUAAACGUGCAACCGCUGAAAAUCCUGUUCCUACAGCUACUACGUCCGCUCCUAAUGCCACUACUGCUUCUGAUGUGAAAUCUACCGCAUAAAUCGUUUACAACGGUUGAUUCCGCACACUGAACUGACUUUGCUUUUUAGUACUAAUGUAUGAAUGUCCCUAGUUUAUAUUAUGACUUCUAGAACUUCAACACAUUAAAUUUGUAUAAAUAAAUAAGAAGAAAAAAAAACCCCAUCCCAAAGAUUCAUUCACUUACAUCGUCCACAUCAUUAAUAUUCAG